AUGGAGGUUCGCUUUGGCAACAUUGUGUUCAGUUCCAAGUUCGACUCGGGCAACUUGGCCCAUGUGGAGAAGGUGAACAAGCAUACACCGAGCCUCCUUAAUGAUGGCACUCAACUCGGGGGGGCCGCAUCCCCCGCCAACAUCCCAGACUACGAGUUUAACAUUUGGACGCAGCACGAUUGCGCCGGAACGGAACACGAGAAUGGCAACAGGUCAUGGUUCUACUUCAGCGUGCAGGGCGCAGUCCCUGGAAGGCUGCUCAAGUUCAAUGUGAUGAACAUGAACAACCAGAGGAAGCUUUACAGUCAAGGCAUGGCGCCACUCGUUCGGACUUUACCUGGGAAAAACAAAUGGGAGAGGAUCCGAGACAGACCCGUCAUUGAGAUUGUACGGAGCCAGUUCAUAAUGUCCUUCACUCACCGCCUGCUGGACAUUCGAGGUGCAACCACCUUCUUCUCCUUCUGCUUCCCUUUCUCGUACACCGAGUGUCAGGAGAUGCUGCGGUGCUUGGACGACAGGCACCGCGACGCGGCACGGCUCGGUCCUGCCAGCUCUCCGGACGAGGUGUACUACCGACGCGAGCUGCUGUGUCGCUCUCUUGACGGCAACCGCGUGGACCUCCUCACUGUGACCAACUGCAGCGGAAUGAUGGACGAGCGCGAACCUCGGCUGCCGCAGCUCUUCCCCGAUGUCGACACGCUUCGACCUCACCGCUUUGAGAACAAAAGGGUGUUCUUCCUAAGCAGCCGCGUGCACCCCGGAGAGACGCCGUCCUCGUUCGUCUUCAACGGCUUCCUGGACUUCAUCCUGAAGAAAGACGACCCGCGAGCUCACGCGCUCAGAAAUAUGUUUGUCUUCAAGCUCAUCCCCAUGCUCAACCCGGAUGGCGUCGUGCGAGGCCACUACAGGACCGACUCACGGGGCGUGAACCUGAACCGGCAGUACAUGAAUCCCAGCCCCGAGCUGCACCCGUCCAUCUACGGCGCCAAAGCACUGCUGCUCUACCACCACUCGCACAAUCGCACGACACACAAAAAUGCGCAACCCGGAACGCCCACAAAGGCUAGCGAUGAACACGAGGUUCCAGCCCUCACCGCCCUGGAAGUCAGCCUGAAUCAGCGCAACGCAAGCAAGGGUGCGACCCCUCCGCAGCUUGAGGUCACCGAGGCGACGGCGCACAACGGCUGGACGGCAAAGAGCAAUGUCAGCAGUUUGUCCAACUCUGAGAUUGUCACGGCCGCCGGUAGACCGCCAAAGCCGCCAAAGGUGGCACCGCCGACACCAUUGGAGGCAAAAAAAGAGAAGCAGGAAUCCAUUCCGCACAAAGAGGGGGGCGUGGCCUAUUACGUGGACUUGCACGGCCACGCCUCCAAGCGAGGCUGCUUCAUGUACGGAAAUAAUCUGCCUACUGAAAACCAGCAGGUGGAGAACAUGCUAUACCCGAGGCUGAUCGCCCUCAACUCCCCACACUUUGACUUCCAAGGUUGCAACUUCUCUGAGAAGAACAUGUACGCGCGGGACAAACGCGACGGCCAGUCCAAGGAAGGCAGCGGCCGGGUCGCCGUUCACAAAGCCAUCGGCAUCCUGCACAGUUAUACGUUAGAGUGCAACUAUAACACGGGAAAGACUCUGAAUGCCAUCCCGCCGGCGUGCCAUGACAACGGGCGGGCCACGCCCCCUCUGAUCCCAUCGUUCCCGCUCAAGUACACGCCGGAAAUCUUCGAACAGGUGGGACGCUCCGUGGCCAUCUCGGCGCUGGACAUGGCCGAGUGCAACCCGUGGCCGCGGCUGGUGCUUUCAGAGCACAGCUGCCUGGGCAACCUGCGGGCAUGGGUGCUCAAGCAACUCCGCAACACCAAAGUCCCGAGCGCCCACCAAGGUACACACCCGCCGAGCAAGGGGAACCAGCACCCCGGCAAGGCGUCGCCACCCAAGACCUUCAUCAACGGUCUGAGCGGCCCGACCCCUGAGGGGUCCUUUGCGCGGGUCCGCUGCAACAGCCAGAGCAGCAGCAGCCUGACGCCGUCCCCCAAGACGCCCAACACGCCCAGCUUCGCCUUCGGGUGCCCACCGCCGCACGCCAAGACCCAAACGGGAGGCAGCCGCGGCGGGCGAGGCGGCGGUCGCAAAUCUGCCGGGCCCACAAAGGGUGUGUCUGUCUCUGUAGACACCAAAAGUGCGGAGAAGAGACGCCCGAUUCCCCACCAUCAUCGUGCUGUCCUGCGUCCCCCUGGCAACAGCCAUACACCCGCCCGCCCCCCUCCGCCACCCUCACCCCCCCAUUCCUCCUCUUCCUCUUCGUCUUCAUCAUCGUCAGUGUGCGCGGUGGCAGCGGCGGCGGUCCCCACCAGCAUUGUUGGUUUGGGCUGCCCAGACUUCCACGCGGGCUCGUCGGCGGCCUGGUCCAAACCAGCUUUACCCCCACGCCCCAGCCGAAACGGAAGAGGAAACCGAAACUCAGGCCACCGCGCCGCCACUGCGACUCCUAAAGAGAGUGGACCAGAGCACAUCCUAGCCUCGGUCAAAUUUACCAAGUGCGAGCUGCAGCCACACGUGGCCGUACGCAACAAGAAGGCAGGGGCGUCCGACGGUACCGUGCCGCGUCUCGUUAAAAGCCGCCAGAAGGGACUCGUUCAAGGAGCCGAGGACGAGCGAAGCAAGCAACAGACGAGUAAAUCCCACAAGAGGACCACGUCCCGAAGCCAUGUUGCGAAAUAGCGACCCUCAGUGCCGACCAAAAUUGGAACUGCGUAUUUCCUCAACGCUGAAUUGCCUCGGGGGAAAAAAAAAAAUGACGCUAACCUCGAAACUGGCCACUGCUUCAUCCGUUCCUAAUGAAGUGGCCAGCGAGUGUCAUGUAGUUUAUUUCCAUCUUAUUAAGUGCAAUCGUAUUGUCGUUGUCAGGUCCAAGUGCCUUCACAGUGAGUAUAAGCAAGCGAAUUCAUUUCGUAUCACAUUUCUCGACACCUUCAACACUAUACUGUGACACCCUAACGUGUAAAAAUGCAGUGAUAGCUUGACUUACAAGCAACCCAAAUGAUUUUUUUUUAAACUAACACUGAAGAUGCAAAGCAAAUGGGCAAGGAGGACACUUUCAACUAUUUCAAAUUUGCGUUCUCAAGCUAACACUGCACACACAGCACCUUGUUGAUGAAUCUCAUUCUGUAAAAUGUUGCCUAUUGGAAGAAUCCACUUGUAUGCUGCUCAUUUAUACACAAUGGAUGUUGUUGUGUGUUUUCAUAGAUUCCAGCAGGUUCCUUUUGAGCAACACAAUUUUUAGAUACGUGCUUUAAUGCCCUAUCGUUUGUUGCUCCUCCUGCGAUUGUCAUAAAACCACGUCACAUGCAAUAUGUUCUCUGUGGACCAAUAAGUGUUAAAUAUAUUUUGUCACCAUCAUGUGUACUGUGGCUACAUUAAACUAAAUGAUUACCACACACUU